AGAGAAUGCAAGAUGGCUGCCGCCUCAGGCUCCAGGUGAGGGUGCCACUCUGAUACGCUCUCUCUCUCUCUCUCUCUCUCGCUUUCUCUCUCUGUCUUUCUCUCUCUAUCUCUCUCUCUCUCUCUCUCUCUCUCUCUAUCUGUUGUGGCUGCCUGAAAUCCAGUACUGCAUCUUCCCCGUGGAGACGCCAUGUCCUCCACGUCGUCCUGCUCCUCUUCGGGGGAGACGAGCCCAGAGGACAUUCCCCGGGGUGGAGGAACCAUCCGUGUCUACCUCCCCAACAAACAGCGCACAGUGGUGAACGUGCGUCCAGGUCAGACAGUGUAUGACAGUCUGGACAAAGCGCUCAAGGUGCGAGGCCUCACUCAGGACUGUUGUGCUGUUUUCCGCCUACUCGAAGGUCGUAAAAGGCUCACAGAAUGGAACACUGACAUCACGCCUCUCGUCGGAGAGGAGCUUCUCGUCGAGGUUUUGGACGACGUCCCUCUCACCAUGCACAACUUUGUUCGUAAAACCUUCUUUAAAUUAGCGUAUUGUGACUUCUGCCACAAGUUCCUAUUUAAUGGCUUCCGGUGUCAAACGUGUGGCUACAAGUUCCACCAGCACUGCAGCAGCAAAGUGCCCACAGUCUGCGUGGACAUGGACACCAUGAAACGGUGUGCAGUUGAAGUUGUCACUGGUGAAGUUAUGUCCGUUCCUAUCCCCUCUGUCAUCUCUUUAACACCUGAUCCUGCUGGUUCAACACUGCUCUCACCAGCCUCGGCGUUCCACUUUCCCAUGCCGGGAAUGGACGGUCAGUCUCUGCAGAGGCUUCGCUCCACCUCAACCCCCAAUGUUCAUAUGGUCAGCACGUUAGGGCCUGGAGCAGUUAACGUCAUUGAGGAGGCAUUAAAAUCCAACAGCCCAAUGGCUUCUCCCACAGGGCCAGAAUCCUCUCCAAAACCCUCGACCAGUCCGCCUCACUUGGGUUCUCCUGGUCGGAAACCACCUAAAUCGCCCCCGGAGCGCAAACCGGUCCCGCUAUUCCUUGAUGGAAAAAAGGAAAGAAAUCAGCGUUACAGAGACUCAAGCUACUACUGGGAAGUGCCCUCACACCAAGUGACCAGGCAGAAGCGCAUAGGCACCGGCUCCUUUGGCACCGUCUUCAAGGGCAAGUGGCACGGCGACGUGGCCAUUAAGAUCCUGAAAGUGACUGAGCCGACGCCAGAGCAGCUGCAGGCCUUCAGGAAUGAAAUGCAGGUCCUGCGGAAGACACGCCACGUCAACAUCCUGCUGUUCAUGGGCUUCAUGACGAAGCCGCACUUUGCCAUAAUCACGCAGUGGUGCGAAGGCAGCAGCCUCUACCGUCACCUGCACGUCACCGAGACCAAAUUCGACACCAUGAGACGCAUUGACGUGGCACGCCAGACGGCACAGGGCAUGGACUACCUCCACGCCAAGAAUAUCAUCCAUCGGGACCUGAAAUCUAAUAAUAUCUUCCUUCACGAGGGUUGGACGGUGAAGAUCGGUGACUUCGGCUUGGCCACAGUGAAGUCUCGCUGGAGCGGCUCGCAGCAGGUAGAGCAGCCCAGCGGAUCCAUACUAUGGAUGGCUCCCGAGGUGAUCCGCAUGCAGGACCCGAACCCUUACACCUUCCAGUCAGACGUGUACGGCUACGGUGUGGUGCUGUUCGAGCUUAUGUCCGGCACGCUGCCUUACUCCAAUAUUGGCAACCGCGACCAGAUCAUUUUCAUGGUUGGUCGAGGCUACCUGUCACCAGACCUUAGCAAGCUGCACAGUAACUGCCCCAAAUCCAUGAAACGUCUCAUUAUUGACUGUUUGAAAUUCAAACCAGAAGAGAGGCCGCUCUUUCCUCAGAUCCUUGUGUCUAUCGAGCAGGUGCAGGAUCUCUUGCCCAAAAUCGAGCGCAGUGCCUCGGAGCCGUCGCUGCACCGUGCAGUUCACGCUGAGGACCUGAACCCGCUGCUGCUGCACACCACACGCUUCCUGCCUCUGUGAAACCAGAUGAUUCUGUACAAGAUUCUAUCCUCCACACUCACUACACACACACACACACACACACACACACACACGCGCGCACACACACAUUCCUGCUGUGCAUUCCUCAGUAACACAUCAGCAAAACUUUCCAAUCAUUCCCUGUUUGAACAAGUGGUCCUCUGAUAGGAUUUAUUCAGAUUUUAUUCUUCCCUUUGCAACGCAAGAGCAUUCAACUCGCAGCUGAAAUCUGUUACAAUCUCAAUUUGAUUGUGGCCACAUUCGCUUUAAAUCUACAGAGGUAAACGACCAUAAAGCGUUACUGAGUUAUAGGGAUAUGUUUGUUUUGGUUUUUUCCCCGUUUUGGGGCUUUUGAUCACAUUGCUAAUGAAACUCAUUUCAAUCAUGUAUUGUUGCAUGAUUGUGAACAUCUAAAACCUGCCUUUAGAAACACCAGUCGGUUUGCACUUUAAUGUUAGAAAUCCGUACAUGACGAGCGAACACUACACGUUUCCUAAAGCACAAGUACCGUUCUGUCACAACUUAAAAAAAAAAAAAUUAUUCGCACUCCUUUUCCUAAAGCUAAGGCUUGAUCAACUCCUCUUUAGUGAGCAUAAAUUGUCAUGCAGUUUAUCCCAGUAAUGAGCAUGUACUAUUUUGUUACCAUGGUAAAAGAGCAUUUUAUCCUUGCUCAUUUGAAUACCUUGCAGCAACAACAAGAAAGUCGUCUUGCAGGAAAUGUUUGUUUUUGUAACAAAGAGCCGUUGGGUUUGGGACAAUUGAUGGGGGAAAAAAGAGCAUUUUGGGAGUAUUUUGAGACUUGGGAGAGGAGUGUCCUAUCAGAUAACCAGUCCUAGGUGCAUUGUGAAGCCCAAUACAAAUGGCUUCACAAUGCACGCAUCAUGUAACUAGUUUUGUACAGGUGCUUACGCUGCCAUGGCAACCGAUAGUUAGCUAAAGAUAGUAUAAAAUGAACUGAGGUUAGGAACAGAUGUUGUUUUUUGCAUGCUGUCUAUCAAACAAGGGGAAGGUUAGUAAACAGGAAGUAGUUACAUAUCCACAUGUGUGUAACGAUCUUUUACCGUAUCUCUUCUUCACAAAACCUGUUCUAUAUAUCGACUAUAUAAAAGCGAGCCUGUUGUGAACAUAUCCUAGCAAGAAUGCAAACAACUAAGCAACAAACCAGCAAACACCUUCAGGUCCAUAAUAAGAUGCGCAAACGAUUAGCAUUUUCUUGAGGAAAUACACGUCGCUAGUGAACAUGUAGCCGUUAACAAGAGAAGGUGUUACCGAGUCACCACGAGUGCAUCUGGCUGAUUAUUUCCCAGUGGACAGCCUGUACAGAGUGUUUUUGCACAGGCUUGGCAGAAGAGCCAAGUAGAUUUCAGUUCAGUCUGGACUGUGAAGCGGCACAGCGUGUGGCUCAGGAGCACAGAUUGAUGCAAUGAGUAAUGAUGAUGAGGGUUUGUUCUGUAGCGCUAGUGUGUGCUCAGACUGGAGAGGAACUAGACAUUUGUUAAAGAUUUUGUGUGUGUGUGUGUGUGUGUGUGUGUAUAUACAGUCAGCUCCAGAAUUAUUGGCACUCUUGACAUAUAUAUACACACACCAACUUGUCCUAACCUUUUAAAUUGAAGUGAAAUUGCCAAAAGGUAAAUGACUUGUAAAUGUAUCACUUUCUUAAGUUCAUUUGACUGUUUAAAAUCAAUUAGGUGAUCAUCAAUAACUUCCUGUGUCACUGGGGUAUAAAUACAAGGUGACACAGAAGCCACAUUGCUGUCAUGCCAAUAAUACCGGAGCUUAGGUUUCUUAAAAGGUGUGUAUUUUAUACCUUAAAUCCCUUAAUGUCCAAAUUGCAUCGCUCUUUUAUCUUAAUGUUGUUUUAAUAUAUUUUCAUAUGUAGCUCCUUUUUUUUUUUUUUUUAAAUUAAUUAAUAUACCUUAACAUUACCCAAAAUCAGUAGCUAGUGGUGUUUAGGGAAAAUUUAGUUUGAUGUACUGUAAAUACAAUGUCCAGUGGAACAAAAUGUAAGCGGUGUCGUAGUGAAAGCGUGAAUAUUGCUGGUAAUUUGUAACGAUCCUGAUGUCAUACAAAUAGUAGGAACUGUAAUGAACAUGAACAGUUUGUGUACAGUUUUGUUUCGCCUCAAAAGCAACCAUUUACAUAUUUUUCUAUUAUUCAAUUUGACAUCAUGUUAGAGUAGAACUUUUCUGAAAUGUGCAUGCUACACUUUCAGCUCUUUAUUCAGCCACAAGGGGGCGUCGUAGAACACGAGCACUCAACAACUUGAGUGUACCUUUUUUUUUUUUUUUUUUAUCGGGCUGGUUACCCUAUAAACUCUUCUUUGCGUUGGUGGAUUGUCAUUGUGAUGAGAAUGAGCUGUAUACACUUAACCUCUCUAUCGAAGGACACAGGAAUUCAAGCCUAGUUUUAUUUCUCUUAUAACCCAGCAGUUUCUGCAGUUGUGUAUUUAUUUAAGAAAAGGCAUUUUGUACUUUGUAGAUGGCUGCGAAUGAGCUGUUACUAGAGAAACCAGAAUGUAUUAGAACAAGCAAAUUUAUUAUAAACCUGCGAUUUAUCUCACAGCUGGAAACAACUAUCAGAAGUGAUGUUAUAGAUCAUCAACAGGUGGAGUUGCAUAUUCGAUGUGUUUACUCUCCCACUUCAUUUCAUUCACACAAAUCUUUGCACCUGAAUUUGACAUUGUUCACUCGAUCCCUCAAAACUCCUAAGGUGCCAUCAGUGUAUCUUAGGUUCAGGUUCAGAACGAACAUUAAGAUGGUGUUUGGGAAGAGGAAAUCAACAAGCAGUCCAGAAAUGCAGGCUUUCUACCGCUCAUCAGUGAUCGUCACGAAAUUCACAUAUCGUGUACCAGCUGUGUUUUUUUUUUUAUUUUUUUUUUUAUUUAUUUUGCAAAGCUAAUUGAAGUGUGCUAAUUUAUAAGUUCUUGGUGUAGGAUGAAGAUUACUGGUUACAUUUGGUAGAUCAAAAACGUGCUCGUUAGCUGAUAUCUGUAUGCUGCAAAUCGACUGGUGAACAUUUCUAAUUAACACACAACUCUUUAUUCACAAGCUUUCGGACACCACAGCCGCCGUUACUGAACCUCCUUCUCAGGGGGGUCGGUCUCACACUGUUGUUGCAAUAGUUCAUUAUAUAUGUAAGAGACAUUUUUAGAAAUAUUCAAACCCGAGGUGUUUGUGAGAUUUUGUUUGGGAGUUAAAAAGUCUUUUCGAGCAAGGUCGUUUUUCAUCAAGCUGAAGUGAACUGCUCCAAUUUCAUUAGUUAUCAGAAGCAGAAGCACCUCUAAGCAGUUGUGUUUAACACAGAUUCAGACAAGUAUGAUAAUUAAAAUGGAAUGAUAGAUCACUUGCAAUUAGAAAAAAUGCAUAUGUUUCUGAUAACUGAUGUAACCGCAGUGGAUUGUUCAACUCUAGAGUAAAUGAAAGAUGAUUUUUAUGCUAGUAUCUCUUAUUUUAAGUAAUGGAAUUAAUAAUAUUAGUUUUUGUCCAAUAAUUUAAAAAUUCGUUUCAGUGCUCCAUUCUUCGUACCUCCGGUUUAGCCAGGUAGGAUAGUUUUGUCCUUUUUUGGAAGCUGUUGUUGUACCAGACAACAAAGUCUAAAAGGUCCCCAAAGCAACUUAUUCAACGUAAACUAGAACGGAUCGCACAAAUAAAAAAGCAUUAUGUAAAUACAGAAGAUAGUGUGUGUUUAUGUUUUAAAGUAUAUCUUGCAGUUGUUCAAUCAAGGUCAUUGGCAUUGAUUUUAACUCCUAAGCAAACUAAUUGUGGGACUGUGUUAGGACUACAGCAUGUGUAUUCUUUGUCUAUCCAAAGUGGUGAUUGAACCAUGCCUUUAAAUUACAUCCUGCACACCGUUUCCUUAGAUGAGCUGAAAUAAACCAGAAAAUACCGGCACAACUUUGUCAGUUUGAGAACUUAAUAUCAAAAACAUACCUAUGGGUAAGCGUUUUGUUUUCAUAUCCUCUAGCCUCCACAACUUCAUUUUCCUCUCUAGAGAUCCAGACUGGUCGUAUUUAGCCAUUGUUGACUCGCCGAUCGUAGUUUUGAUUCUCAAUCAACUCAACCUGGCUAUUACUAAUCAAGUUCUCAAGCAUAUGUAUUUCAACGAUUAGUAAAUCUUGCAUUGUUUCUGCUUGGGUUUGUUAAGCGGUGUACAAAGAAUGGAGACAUUUCCUUUAGGUAACAAAAAAUAAAACCUACAGAGAAACGGUAGUUAAAACUAAACAGCUUUUGCAGAGUUGCACAGUAAACAAUAAAUCACAAGUCUCAGUUUUUAUCUUUAAAAGCUUCUUAAAGGUGUCUGUUAUCAUGACACCGGUCACUGGGUGUGGCUUUAUCUGUAGUAGAUUUUUUUUUUUUUUAAUUUGAUGGCUAAAUCUAAUCUAUUUAACAGCUGGCCAUCUGACACACUCUGUUUGAAAAUGCAAUACAGUUACAAAAACUUUACAAAAGGCUUCAAACUCCACUUUAACACAUCUGCUGUCAGGAAUUGCGGAGGGAAAAACGGGUCAAACUCUAAACUCAAUCCACAGUUGUUUUUCUUCGCAAAGCAGAACACAACGAUCAACUUUUGUUCAAUAAUUUGCAAUAAUUUUCUUGUGUGUAUAGUUGAAGAGGUAUAAGGGGGUGUUUAAAGUUUGCAAUAAAUGUACUCUGCUGUGUACAGUUACAUUUCUUUCUUUUGUUUUGUUUUGUUUUUAGUUUUACUUUAAAUUGUACUUGUUUCUAUUUUUUGUGUAACGAUUUCCAUAAGAACAAAGUUAUUUUAAAAAAAAAGUAAAAGGAAAUCUUAGUUUUUUUAGGGUUAUUAUUUUUAUUUGGUCUUUAAAAAUAUGGAAGAGACAGGACUUUAUUCUUAAAAUAAAACGGUGGAAUCGUGA